GUCAUGCUGGGAAAACCUCCCAUCUAGGACUUUACCCUGAGUCCAGGGUCUGUGCCCUAGCCCACAGUCACUGAAAGCAACUGUAGGCCACAUACAACAGACAUCGUUUGUUUUCCAGGUACUAAGGGUCAUAAUCCCUAACUCCAAUUACAGACAACUCCUGAGAUCAAAGGAAAAACAGCAUCCACGUGGGAGUUCAGGGAGAGACAUUCCAUACCAGAUUCUGUGGCCUGCAGGUGACAUGCUGCCUAGGAGAAGCAGGAGUCUGUGACAGCCGCCCCAACACCUGGCGUCAUGGCCACUAGGGAAGAUGAGCUGAGGAACUGUGUGGUAUGUGGGGACCAGGCCACAGGCUACCACUUUAAUGCGCUGACUUGUGAGGGCUGCAAGGGUUUCUUCAGGAGAACAGUCAGCAAAAGCAUUGGUCCCACCUGCCCCUUUGCUGGAAGCUGUGAAGUCAGCAAGGCUCAGAGGCGCCACUGCCCAGCCUGCAGGUUGCAGAAGUGCUUAGAUGCUGGCAUGAGGAAAGACAUGAUACUGUCGGCAGAAGCCCUGGCAUUGCGGCGAGCAAAGCAGGCCCAGCGGCGGGCACAGCAAACACCUAUGCAACUGAGUAAGGAGCAAGAAGAGCUGAUCCGGACACUCUUGGGGGCCCACACGCGCCACAUGGGCACCAUGUUUGAACAGUUUGUGCAGUUUAGGCCUCCAGCUCAUCUGUUCAUCCAUCACCAGCCCUUGCCCACCCUGGCCCCUGUGCUGCCUCUGCUCGCACACUUCGCAGACAUCAACACUUUCAUGGUACAGCAAGUCAUCAAGUUUACCAAGGACCUGCCCCUCUUCCGGUCCCUGCCCAUUGAAGACCAGAUCUCCCUUCUCAAGGGAGCAGCUGUGGAAAUAUGUCACAUCGCACUCAAUACCACUUUCUGUCUCCAAACACAAAACUUCCUCUGCGGGCCUCUUCGCUACACAAUUGAAGAUGGCGCCCAUGUGGGGUUCCAGGUAGAGUUUUUGGAGUUGCUUUUUCACUUCCAUGGGACACUACGAAAACUGCAGCUCCAGGAGCCCGAGUAUGUGCUCUUGGCCGCGAUGGCCCUCUUCUCUCCUGACCGACCUGGAGUUACUCAGAGAGAUGAGAUUGAUCAGCUGCAAGAGGAGAUGGCACUGACUCUGCAAAGCUACAUCAAGGGCCAGCAGCGAAGGCCCCGGGAUCGGUUUCUGUAUGCAAAGUUGCUGGGCCUGUUGGUUGAGCUCCGGAGCAUUAAUGAGGCCUAUGGGUACCAAAUCCAGCAUAUCCAGGGACUGUCUGCCAUGAUGCCGCUGCUCCAGGAGAUCUGCAGCUGAGGCCAGGCUCACUGCCUUCCCCAGCUCCUGGGACACCCAGGACACUCUGGAGAAGGGAGAUGCUGGGACAAAAGAUUGGACCAUGUUCAAAGAGAACCCAGUGGUUGCAAUGAAAGACUAAAGCAA